AUCUCUCUCCUCACUCAAAUUAUAUACAAUACUCCGCUAGUCUUAAUUUAUGUGACACUUUUUGAGUUUUGAGAGAAACAAUUUUUUUCUUUGAUCAUAACUUUUUCAUAGUCUUUUAAAUUAUUAAUUAUUGUGACUUACGUUAUUUCAAAAUAUGUAAACUUUGUUUAAAAAUUAAGAUUAUAUGUUCGAAUUCCCGGUUAAAUUUAAGAAUUUGCUACAUAAAUUGGGGUACAGGGAGUAUUUCUCUCUCCCUUUCCACACACAAAAACAAGAAAGAAAAAAAAAAAAAAAAAAAACACUUCAGAAAACCCCUUACAAACUAGUAUAAAUACCCCCACACAUGCAACAACUCCACUUAGGCCUUAUUUCCCAUUUGCUUCCUCUCUGCUUCUUUCUGUCUCACUUUCACCUCAUAUUCUGUGUAAUUUCUCUCUCCUUUAAAACACACACAUCCACACAAAAAUAUAUCCAUUCAAAAACACACACACACACACACAAACUCUACGUAUUUAUCACACAACAUGGCAGAAUUGGAGUUUCAGAGUAAACAUGGUAAUAACAACCCUACAAGUAACGGACGUUUAAAGUUGUUUGGUUUCAACGUAACAGAAGAUCAAGAACAAGAAGUUGACUCAACAAAAACAUCAUCCGGUUCACCGGAAUCCAGCAGUUUUCCGGCUACCGAUAGCCGGAAAUACGAGUGUCAAUAUUGUUGUAGAGAAUUUGCAAAUUCACAAGCUUUAGGUGGGCAUCAAAAUGCACACAAAAAAGAAAGGCAACAAUUGAAACGUGCCCAAAUGCAAGCUAGUCGAAAUGCAUACAUGCGUAACCCUAUUAUCUCCGCCUUUACGCCGCCAUCACACCUCCUUCCUCCACCAGGACAUGUGGUGGUUCCGGCAACAUCUCCAUCAUGGGUUUACGUACCACGACCUAUGCCACCAUUCCACGUGUCACAUGGUGGGAGGGCUAUAGGGAACUUUCAGUACACCCGCAGUGUAGGGGAUUCUAGCUUAACAAGUGUUGGGCCUCAACAGGUUAAGGCCCAUAGUGGUAGGGUUGAUGGGCCGUCAUUGAGUAGAUUCUCAUCAGGUGUGGAUGAUGGGCCCAAUUUUGAUGAUGCAUAUGGAUUGGAUCUCCAUUUAAGCCUUUAGCUAUAAGAAGAAAGAAUUAUUUAUCUUUAUUUCCUUUUUUUUUCUUUGAAUUAAUUUUUAAAAUAGGAUCUUGUACAUCUCAGAUUAUUUAUUAAUUUUUUCACUCAAAGAAAAAAAAAAUCCUUACAUCCAUUUUCUGUUAUUUAUGUCUUUUUCGUCUUCUACAUUUUGUUCUCUUCAUUGUUUGUAAAUUGUGGAUUCAAGUUUUGUAGAAUAUUACAAUUUGUUGUAUUUGCAUGUAAAAUAUUCA